AUGUUUGGUUUGACAGUGGGUGAUGCUCUUGGUGCUCAUGUUGAAUUCAGACCUAACACUUAUUUAGUUGCUAAUCCAGUGAAAGACCUAGUAGGAGGAGGAACAUGGGGUCUACAAAGAGGACAGUUCACCGACGACACUUCUAUGGCGCUUUGUUUGGCUAAUUCGCUGAUUGCUUGUCGAGAUUUUGUUCCAUAUGAUCAACUAGUUCGGUAUAAGUGGUGGCAUCGACAUGGCUAUAUGUCAUCGACCGGUCAUUGUUUUGAUAUCGGUGCAGCCACUCGACAAUCAAUCCAAGAAUUUGAAAAGCGUCAAAGAAAGUUUGCACAUGAUCAUGACAUUCUUUUAGAUCAAAUAGACUCUCUAUCUGAUCGUGAUCUUUUGCAAGCAUUCGAUGUGCAUUGUAGCAAAGAGGGUGUUGCUGGAAAUGGAGCCCUGAUGCGUCUCGCACCUGUGCCACUCUUUUUCUAUCGACAUCCGAAAGUUGCCGUUGAUUAUUCGGGCAUUAGUGGUCAAAUUACUCAUGGAGAUGAGAAAGCUUAUGAUGCAUGCCGUUAUUAUGGAGCUCUAAUUGUGGCUACUGUUCAAGGUGAAGAUAAAAGCAAACUGACUAGUAACACAUUCUAUGAUGAACAUCAGGAGUGGUUUGGUGAUAAAACCCUUUAUCCUGAAAUCAUGACGAUAGCUCAAGGAUCCUACAAAAAAAAAGGUGGAUAUCAAGAUGGAAUUCGAGGUAAAGGAUACAUUGUUAAUGCUCUGGAAGCUGCUUUGUGGGCCUUUUGGAGUGAUGGAGACUCAUUCGAGACAGGUGCACUCAACGCUGUUAAUCUAGGAGAUGAUACAGAUACAACAGCAGCUAUCUAUGGUCAAUUGGCUGGUGUUUAUUAUGGCUACAACAAGUUACCAAAAAAAUGGCUGGAAUCCAUCUAUGCCAAAGAAUUCAUUCAAUGUGUAAGCAGCUGGAUUGCUUUCGAAGGAGAACAAUGGUUUAAAAAUCAGGGUACUCCAAACACGAGACAACUAAUUAAUUCUGGUCAUCAUCACGCGCUCACAUUGAAAUCGAUUAUCGCAAACAUUCCAUCGCUAGAAUCACACUUAAACCGAAAGCACUCACUGGUCGAUGACUUCACGUCGAAUACCCUUGUGCGCAAGGCAAUCACUCCUGAGGGUCGUAUAGGACAUUGUUAUGAUGGAUGGAAGGAUCAUGUUUUACAAUCGUUGAGUGUCAACCCGAGUAUAAACCCAGAUUAUUUGUACCCACCAAUAAAAUGUGAGAUAAAAAGUGGUGACAAGCGUGAAAAUCGAAAUCUCCUUCGACUCAUCGAUUUUCCUGCUGAUCUUCGAUUGAGUGUGUUAUCGAACUUGGUUGAACCAACUGGUAUUGCUUCAGUUGUCAAUUACCCAUUUGUAAUUGAUGAAUAUACUCGCAUCUUCUAUUAUUCAUAUCUUGUUCGAAAUCAAGCAUUACUUGACGUGAACAGCAUUCAACCACAAAUAGGCACGGCUUCUGCCACUCAUGUAAUCACGGCAGUAGAUUGUGGUAUCGAUGUUGUUGUUCUACUGAGAUUGCCGCCUGAUGAUUCAGGAGUGAUCGACAACAGUCUUCGUGAAGUAUGUGAAUACAUGAAACAUGACACAAAACCAAUUAAUAAUGAACAUGCGCUUAAUCGAAUUCUUUCCACAUAUAUCUAUUCGAACAGAUCGGAUUUAACAGGUCAAUCAACAUUACUCAAUGUGUGCCAAGCUAUUCUCAAUAUCAAAAAUAACCCUGCUGAUCAACAACCUUGCAACUAUAUUCUUCAUCCAAUCAACAGUUUUCAUUCUGAUCAAAAUCAACAGAACAUCGCAUUUUUUCCAAUCGAACCAAAAAUUACAACAAUGAUUGAAGACCAUUGGCUUCGACUCUCCUCCGUCAGCAAGUUAUGGGAAACAUUUCGAAAAAAUAUCACGUCCGAUGUUUGGCAAAGUGAUCUCAAGAAACAAUUCGAUGAGGUUCACAGACGUGCAGGCAACGAUUUGGUGAUUAUUAAUGAUUAUAUUGAACGCGUCAAAGAUAUUCCCAUGGUACAGAAACAAUUGAAUGUCGCUAAAGGAAUAAAGGAUACUUCUGUAUAG